AUGAGCAAGCCGGCGGGAUCAACAAGCCGGAUUUUAGACAUCCCGUGUAAAGUGUGUGGUGACCGCAGCUCUGGCAAGCACUAUGGGGUUUAUGCCUGCGAUGGAUGCUCAGGGUUUUUCAAACGAAGCAUCAGAAGGAAUAGGACUUAUGUCUGCAAAUCUGGAAACCAGGGAGGCUGCCCAGUGGACAAGACACAUAGGAACCAAUGCAGAGCAUGUCGGCUGAAGAAAUGCUUGGAAGUCAACAUGAAUAAAGAUGCUGUUCAACAUGAAAGGGGACCAAGAACAUCUACCAUCAGGAAACAAGUAGCUCUGUAUUUCAGAGGUCACAAGCAAGAUAAUGGAAGCACACCACACUUCCCUCCCUCCGCAGCUCUACCUGCUCCAGCUUUCUUCACUGCUGUCACACAGCUGGAACCUCAUAAUCUAGAACUAGCCACCGUUUCUACAGCAUCUGAAAGGCAGAAUCUAGUUGGCUUAGCUCAGCCGACUCCAAAGUAUCCGCAUGAAGUCAGCGGCACUCCCAUGUACCUGUAUGAAGUGGCCACGGAAUCCGUCUGUGAGUCUGCAGCGAGGCUUCUCUUCAUGAGCAUCAAGUGGGCCAAGAGUGUCCCGGCCUUUUCUACUCUCUCCUUACAAGAUCAGCUGAUGCUUUUGGAAGAUGCUUGGAGAGAACUGUUUGUUCUAGGAAUAGCACAAUGGGCCAUUCCAGUUGAUGCUAACACUCUACUGGCUGUAUCGGGCAUGAAUGGUGACAACACAGAUUCUCAAAAGCUGAAUAAGAUUAUCUCAGAAAUACAAGCAUUGCAGGAGGUGGUGGCUCGAUUUAGACAGCUCCGGUUAGAUGCCACAGAAUUUGCCUGCCUCAAAUGUAUUGUCACUUUCAAAGCAGUACCUACACACAGCGGUUCUGAAUUGAGAAGUUUCCGGAAUGCUGCCGCCAUUGCAGCUCUUCAAGAUGAAGCUCAGCUCACCCUGAACAGCUACAUUCACACGAGGUAUCCUACCCAGCCGUGUCGUUUUGGGAAACUGCUGUUGCUCUUGCCAGCCUUACGUUCAAUUAGCCCCUCAACGAUAGAAGAAGUAUUUUUCAAAAAAACAAUUGGGAACGUGCCAAUUACAAGACUGCUUUCAGAUAUGUAUAAAUCCAGUGACAUAUAGAUCAGAUGCGAGGCAACGAAGAGAAGCCAGGUGAUCAUUUCUAAAGACCUUUUUAACUAAUGGAGAGCAAACAUCAGAUAAUUCUACAAGAAAUGGAAUCCUGAAGACAUUUAAUCCAACAACAAAAUCAAUCGAUAGAGAUCAUUUUGCAAG